ACAAAACAGUGGUUGCUUCCAAUAGCUUAUGCAAUGUCUAUGAGCGAUAAAAACCAGAAAAACGUGAUUCAGCUCUCGUCAUAUAAGAAGUUGAGGAAGACCCACUGAUCGGUCAGAAUAUCACAGCAACAACUUUUUUUUACAAGCUUGGUAAAAUGUCAUUUGGAGCAGUCUUUGCAGUAUCCAUCGCUGUUCAUUUGUACUCAGCAGAUGUGGUGUCGGGAAGAGAAUACAAGUUAACUGGAACAACCAAUUUUCGCAUUCAACGUGGAGAGGUCGUUACAGUAAAAGGUUACUACAAAUACUGCCUUGCAUCGACCAGUUGUCCCUCCUGUAUUCGACAAGUUUACUUGAACCUGUUCGGCACAAGCCGAUGCCUUGCGAGCAUAGGAAAGUCGCAGCUAGACUGUAAGGAACAUCACUUCACUCACGUAUACACCGCUCCCAAUACAGCGGGCUCCUAUGGUAUUAAGAUGCAGGAGGUGCUCGAAUAUAAUUGUAACUCUAACUUCGUUUCAAGCAGUGGACUCCUUGUUGGCACAGUCUUGGUUCAAGAACCGCCCUCUAUAAUAAACAGCUCCAGUCUUCCAGUUGUUUUCUCCGGCGAUUCUCUCACUCUUCAGUGUUCUGCGCGCGGCUAUCCUCAACCGGUUAUCCGCUGGUACAAGGACGGUAGUUUGGUUCAUGAAAAUACAAGUCUUCAGUUUUCCUCUCUCAACGAGUCUGACACAGGGUUUUAUCAGUGCAACGCAUCUAACAUUGCUGGAAGUGAUACAUACGAAGUUGAAGUCCUGGUUAGAGAAAGAAGACCAAUCAUAAACCAGACCAUUUUAGCACAAGACGCCGACAAGCUGCUUCAAAAUGAUUCAGUUGUCUUUAUAGCCCUCCUCACACACGACCUCUUCUCAGGUGACAAGGCGUUCAAUAUAAAGUUGGUUUGGAUGUUACCCAACUAUGCGCGCUAUCUGAGCCACGAGCCUCGGACAAAUGUCACUACUCCCUACCCUGGGGAACAUAAUUUUGAGAUUGAGCAAAUUCAACUUGGGGCAUCCGUGGAAAUCAAUAUUACGGUUCAAAUUGAUCACAAAAGCACACUGUCCGUUGGUAGACACUUCCUGACAAUACCGACUUUCCUCAUGUAUGAACAGCGCAUGGCAAAUGGUGCAACGAAGAUUUUCGUGGGCUCAGUUGAAUCGGUCACAGUCAACUUCACAGUGAGAGAAGAUGUUUCCAGAGGAUUUCUGAUGAACCCACUGUCUGGUGAAGUAUACUUUUGUAAAGAGAAGAAAAGUGAUUCUGUUCCCUCGUGCUAUGUGUCAUUUGAUGGUGCUCAGUGGACUGGAAUAGAUUCGCGAGUAAAGAUGAUUUCUGGAAUGAUUGUAAGCGGUUUGCACAAAAGGAUUUUUGCCGUGACAAGAAAUGACCGAUGUCACGUGGUCAGUGAGAAUGGCAUUAUUUGGAGUUGCAUAACGCCCGAGGAAUGGCAACAGGAGUCAUCUUCAAAAGAUUUUGUGCGUGCUGUCUCAGUUCCAAGAAGCCUUAAAUCAGCUCUUCCAGAAAGUCACUUUGUUAACUUGAAAAAUGAUGGAACAGUUUCUUACGGAGGUAAAUAUAAAACGACGGACAUUAGGCCCAAAUUCCUUCAAUGAACUGCAAAUAAGUUAAAUUAUUUUAAGUAGGGUUUCUAUCAAACAAAGAAAUGCGCUGAGAUUUAAA